GAACCCUUCGAAACACUUCAACACAAGAUCGCUACCAUGGCUGCUCUUUGCUUCGGAAAAGAUGUUUCUAACAUCAAAGUCGAGUACAUGAAGGGGGGCAGCUACAAUCGAGUCGCAGCUCUUACAAUCUCGCCACGACCCAAGCGCACCCUUGUGACCUGGUUUCACGCAUUAUUACAGAUCCUUUUUCCAUCCUGGUUUCAAGGGGCGCUCCAAACAUCAGAGACUCCAGAUUCCAAUUCUUAUAUUGUUCGAAUCCCUCGUACAGACGGAGAGGACGACAACCUUGUUGUGAAUCGCGACGUCGCCAUUCUCAAGACUGUCGGUGCGCUUCUCGAUUUGCCGAUUCCAACCGUAGUGAGCUACGACCCAACUUCCAAUAACGCCGUGGGAAAACCAUACAUGAUCCAAUCUCGUCUCCCAGGCAAAAACCUGGCGGCCCUUAUGACAGAGAAGACUCUAAGCUUAGAGCAGCUCAAGUCCAUCGCCAAACAAGUCAUUGAACUUGUCCCUACCAUUGCCGCAGUAGAGGGACCGGGCGGUGCUAUUUCACUAGAUGCACUUUCCUCAGACUCGACACGACUUCAUGUAGAAAGCCUCCACUUGCAGCACGAGAAGUUGGGAGACAAGUCAUUCAAGCUGCCCGAAGAACCUCAGGAUACAUUCGAGCACCUCUUUGAGCAGUGUCGACGAUGGAGCGAGUAUCAUAGGAAAAACAGCUACUUCACUUUCGGUGAAAUCUGGUGCAACUUCGGUCGGAUCGCCCAAUCGCUGGAUGAGCGCGGCUUUCUUGAGGGACCCUGUGUGCUGGCUCACCGAGAUCUCAUGGCAUACAACUUACUCGCAGAAAUUGGCAGCGACACCGAAGUCGAAAUCACCGGCGUUAUAGAUUGGGACUCCGCUCUCAUCGUGCCAGAGUUCGUCGCCUACCGAGCUCCUUUUUGGCUGUGGACGGAGGAUCAUAUCGAAAGUGCUAUUGCUGACGACGAAGUCACAGUAAACAUCUCCCCUCGCUCUGAAACAUGCAAAAUUCUCCAGCAGUUUUUUCUGGACAAUGCGUCGGAGAAGUUUAAGCGAUUCGCGUUCUCGCCCGAGGCUAUACUUGCUCGGCGCAUGUACGUGAUCAUUAAAGAGGGCAUUGCCUCUGAUUGGCACAUGAAUGAAGCGUGGGAUAUUGUUCGCGACUGGCAUUUGCUACAUCCGGACGAUGGGAUU